CAGUAGGUGCCAGCUAGCGCGUUCCGGUCUUUGCUGCACAGACUACAAUGGUGAUGGCGGGCAGACAGUCCGGCUGGUGCCGGGCGGCUCUUUUCCAGCUUCUUUUUGGUGUUAAUCUGAUGGUGAUGCCACCCACCCAGGCUCGGAGUCUGCGCUUCGUUACCUUGCUGUACCGACAUGGGGACCGGUCACCAGUGAAGACAUAUCCCAAGGACCCCUAUCAAGAAGAGGAAUGGCCCCAGGGGUUUGGUCAACUAACCAAGGAGGGGAUGCUACAGCACUGGGAGCUGGGCCAGGCUCUGCGGCAGCGCUACAAUGGUUUUCUAAACACCUCUUACCAUCGGCAAGAGGUUUAUGUGCGAAGCACAGACUUUGACCGUACUCUUAUGAGUGCUGAGGCCAACCUGGCUGGACUCUUCCCUCCCAAUGGGAUGCAGCGCUUCAACCCCAAUAUCUCUUGGCAGCCUAUCCCUGUACACACUGUGCCUGUCACUGAGGACAGGUUGCUGAAGUUCCCAUUGGGCCCAUGUCCCCGUUAUGAGCAGCUGCAGAAUGAAACACGGCAGACACCAGAGUAUCAGAAUGAAAGUACUCAGAAUACACAAUUUCUGGACAUGGUGGCCAAUGAGACAGGACUUACAGACCUGACCCUGGAGACUGUUUGGAAUGUCUACGACACACUCUUCUGUGAGCAAACCCAUGGGCUGCUCCUGCCACCCUGGGCUUCACCCCAAACCAUGCAGCGUCUGAGCCAGCUAAAGGACUUCAGCUUCCGCUUCCUCUUCGGGAUCCAUGAGCAAGCAGAGAAGGCCCGGCUUCAGGGGGGAGUCCUGCUGGCUCAGAUACGGAAAAACCUGACCCUAAUGGCAACCACCUCCCAACUCCCUAAGCUGCUGGUUUACUCUGCGCACGACACAACCCUGGUUGCUCUACAGAUGGCACUGGAUGUCUACAACGGUGAACAAGCUCCCUACGCAUCCUGCCACAUAUUUGAGCUGUACCAAGAAGACAAUGGGAAUUUCUCAGUGGAGAUGUACUUUCGGAAUGAAAGCAAGAAUGCCCCCUGGCCAUUGAUCCUACCUGGCUGCCCUCACCGCUGUCCCCUGCAGGACUUCCUUCGCCUCACAGAGCCUGUCAUACCCAAGGACUGGCAGCAGGAGUGCCAGCUGGCAAGUGAUACUGCAGACACAGAGGUGAUCGUGGCUUUGGCCGUCUGUGGCUCCAUCCUCUUCCUUCUCAUAGUGCUGCUCCUCACUGUCCUCUUCCGGAUGCAGGCCCAGCCUCCUGGCUACCACCACAUCGCAAACAGGGAAGACCAUGCCUGACAACCACUCAGCCCCCUUCCCUCUGCCUCCUAGGGGAGGUGGGCUGGGCCCCUGCUCUUGAGUGUUGCUCCCCAGCCCAUGGACAGCAGACCUGGGUUGAGCCUCCUUGAUUACCCCAGAUGAGUGAGUGGGGUGUGGCUUAGCCCAUGGCACCUGUCACUCAGCAUUCACAUGCCUGAUGUUUACCAAGUACUAUGUGGACAUUGACGUUCUCCAAACAGGAUUUGCCUCUUCCAUACUCCCUAAGGACCUGAAAUAUGGACAAGCAUUCAGGUUUUACUCAGGACCUGGGAUAAAAAUCUGAAGGAGCCAGUGCUUGAUCUGCCUUGCUCUUCCACCAGUCCCUGCUCUUUCUCUUCCAGCCCGGAGUCUUUGCCAAAUGGCUCAAAGGACAUUGUCUUGCCUCUCAGUACUUAUUUAGAGGGAAAAGUUGCCCAUCACUGGGGGGUGCAAACUGGCUGUCAAGGAACUGGAUCACCCAAAAACCAGCCAGUCACAUUUUUCCUUUGGUUGACUAAAGCUACCAUUAGUGUCAGCACUAAAGGUGCUCCAGGCACCUUUUGUUCCCCCUUGCUUGAGCAGGUAGCCUGGUGAGUUGGAAGGAUGUUUGUAUUG